AGGAGGGCGACCUUUUUGGCAGGGUUCUUGAGUUUUUGGAACUCAAGAACCGUGAAUGGCUGUGACUGCACUGUAAAUAGUCGUAAGCAUACUGGCCUACAAGUGUCAGAGGCUUUCAUUUCUGGAAGGGCGCUUCACCCAAGUCCGAGUUGGCCUCUUUGAGGAAGUUUGAAGAGUUGCUGGACGUGAUUAUGGACGAUACUGAGCUUAUUUUGUCAGAUGGCGAAAGCGUUUGCGUUUCGACAAGAGAUUCAUUGCGCAGCAUGAUGGAAGAGGAUGAACUAACUGAAUUUGGGAGAAGGAUUGACUUGAUUGUUAACUGCAGCCGUUUAGGAGCCACUGUUGAACUAUGCAGCAUAGAGUUUAAAAAACAAGAUGCAAGUAAAUCGGUGGUUACUCACCAACAAAGCAAAAAUGCUAGAAUAAACUCUUGUAUCUUAAGCAGCAUCAACUCCUUGACAAAGAAUUUUAGCAAUCAAAUAUUAUCCUUUGACUUUGUUGGAAACAACGGUUAUAUGACACAGAUGUGUUGCUACGAAGACGUUAUGUUUUCUCAAAAAAUCGCUGAUCUUCAUAUACCGACAGAUGCAUUCGAGUUGGAUAGUUUGAGAAGUACUUCGAAGUAUUUGUAUUUGUGGAAGUCACAUCUUGUAAAGUUAUCUGCUACAGUCAUAAAAUCCCUAUACAGCAACAAACGAAAGUAUUCUCUUGUCGAAAUAUGCGAAAAAGAUAGCAACAAAUCGUCAAGGCUCUCCCCUCCCCCCGUCUAGCUCAAUGAUAUUUUCAUGACCCCACACAGAAAGAGUACAAAAUAAAUAUAUUAAUUAUGACCUCC